AUGCAACUAUUCAAGGCUCUCCUUGUCCUUGGGGCCGCGACCUCUACGACGGCACAACGUCUACCGCCUGCUCCUUUUGUCAACUCUACUAUUCCCACUAUUGUACCCGGGAUUUUCAACGGUACCAUCGUCACAGUCGUCAAUUCCUACACGACCUAUUGCCCUACACCAACAGUCAUUACUGUCAAUGGCGUUUGCUACACCGCCACAAAGCCUACCAUGAUCACUGUGACGAACUGUCCCUGCACGAUUACGACGACGCCGAAAGGCCAGAAGACCCCAGCACCUCUUCCAGCACCUCAGCCGACAUUCCAGAAUUCCACAGUGCCACAGCAGAGCGUUGGCCCCCAGCAGAGCGCUGGCCCCCAACAAAGCGCUGGUCCUCAGCAAAGCGCUGGUCCUCAGCAAAGCGCUGGUCCUCAGCAAAGCGCUGGUCCUCAGCAAAGUGCUGGUCCUCAGCAAAGCUCCAGCCCCCAGCCAGCCCCUGCUCCCCAGCCAGCCCCAGUCCCUGCUCCCCAGCCGGGCCCUGGCCCUCAGCAAAGCUCUGGUCCUCAGCCGGGCCCUGGGCCCCAACAAAGUCCGGGUACUGUGCCAGCAGGCUCUACCCCCACACCCGCGACGGGCUCAGCUCCUGGUGUUGCACCAGUUCCUGGCACCAGCACGGGUACUGGAGCGGCUCAGCCAACUUAUGUCCAGUCUGAUGCGUCGGACAGGAAUGUUGGGAUCCUCGCUGGUGCUACGAUAGUCAUGCUCUCGUUCUUCUUCACAGUUAUGUUGUAG